AUGGAUAGUCCCAAAACAACUGAUGUCCUGAUCAGAUUGCCUUCCCACAACAGAGAGACAUUGAAAAUCCUUUCGUGGAACAUACACGAUGCUUCAAACGGGAAAGAAGGCAGGAAAAUUGAUGAUACUGAAUUUGCUGCCAUCGUCACUUCUUGUCCCAUUUUCUGUCUUCAGGAAACCAAGAGUAAAAUAUUUGUUCCAGACUACAAAUGUUUUAAUGCUAACAGACCAAACAGUCGCUCAGGAGGACUUUGCAUUGGUGUCCACAGGUCUAUUGCCAAGGAUAUCAAAGAAAUAACAUCCAAUUGUAGUGACAUCCAAUCAGUAAGGAUAAAACUAGGAAGUGAGAGUGCUGUCGAUGAACUAAUUAUCAUAAACUUAUACGACUCCCCUGAGCACUCUUCCUACAAGAAGAGAUUGAAAUCAAGCAAAAGUACAUCCGAUGACGAUGCUUCAACUCUAGACAACUUACUUGACUUCACCAUGAAUAGUAUUCAAAACGGUAGGAAGGUGAUACUAGCAGGUGAUUUCAAUGCAAGGACUGCAACCUUGAACAACACCAUCGAGGAAGAUACUGAAGCAUUAUCUGCUGCAAACCCAUUUAGCCAACGCAGCCACCCCUGUCUCAAUGAUCGUUCUAGCAAGGACCAGAUGGUUAAUCCUAGAGGAAAGUUACUCCUUGACUUUCUGGCCUGUGCAAAUCUAACCAUCCUAAACGGCAGCGUACUUGGCGAUUCCUUAGGGGAAUUCACAUCGGUGAAUUAUGGCGGAGCUAGCGUUGUAGACUAUGUUGCUGUAGGAGCUGACAUAAAAGCGAUCGUUAAGAGUUUUAGAGUCCUUGAUUUGAACAAAUUCUCCGAUCACAAACCCUCUGUCACAACACUUAGCCUGAGACACAACAUAACCCUUUCAGAAGAAAUACUUCGUGACCUCGAGGACGCGCCCAGGAAGUACAAAUGGCCAUGUGAGGAUAAUGCUGAGCUCAAAUUCUUGCUAGCUAUGGGUGACCCUAGUAUAAAGGAAAAGACAGAAACUCUGGCUACAAGUUCAUGCAAAACCCCUCAAGACGUUCUUAACCUUAACAACCAAAUUGUUGAGCUGUAUCAUCAGGUUGCUGAACAAGUGAUGCCCCGAAAAAACGCCUCAAGUCGUCAGAAAGGGCCGAGACAUAAUAAAUAUGGUAGCACCAAAAAGAAGAGUCGAAUAAAGCCAAAAAUGGCAUGGUUUGACAGUGAAUGUAUCCGUCUUAAGAGGACACUCAACAUCCUAGCAAAAAAGUAUGGAAGAUCCCCAUUGGACAAGCUCCUCAGGGACUCUUAUUACGACACUCGGCGACAAUAUAGAAAGAUGAUCAGACAUAAGCGAUCAGAAUUCUUUGAGAAGCUUUGCAAGGACAUAGAAACAGGGAACAACAUCUGCUGGAAAUCCUUCAAAGCUCUUAAAAAUACAAAAUCGCCUGCAACCAGUCUUGAUGCCUUCGAUAUGAUCAACUUUUGCAAGUUCUUCAGUGAACUUUACGGCAAAAAGAACAUCAAAGACUCUAAGAUCGCAGAGCUACAGUCAAAGAUGCAGAAAAACAACAUUUGUGACGACCUGACCAAGCUUUUGGAUCAAGAUAUAAAGAUGGAAGAGCUGUGUGCUUGCAUUAAGGCCACUAAAAAAGGAAAGGCAGUUUCCGAAGAUCUAAUUUCUAAUGAAUUCUUCAAAGCCUCAACACGAUCCAUGCUCAAAGCAGUCCUCAACCUCUUCAACCACUGCCUAAGCCUAUCAAUUUACCCAUGGACUUCAUCAGUAGUUACACCACUACACAAAAAAGGUGAUAUCUAUGAUCCAAACAACUACAGAGCCAUCGCUGUAGCGAGCAAUCUCGGAAAGCUCUUUGCAAGCAUAUUGCUGAAAAGAUUGAUAUCAUUCCGUGAUCAAUGUGAUCCUGAUACAGCCAACCAACUAGGUUUCUGUAAAGACGCACAGACAGCAGACCACAUUUUCACACUUUCAACCUGCGUGGAAAAGUAUGUCACCAAGAAACGCCAAAGGCUAUACACAUGCUUUGUCGAUUUAUUAUGA